UCUGUGGCCUUUCACAGGAAGCAAAAAUUCAGUGUCAGCCAUGGGGCUUUCUGCGGUGUGUCUCUUCAUCACCGCUUAUCUGUUAUUCUGCACAAAUUUGGUGCAUUCCCAUGGUGGACACGACCACCACCAUCAUGAUGGUGACGCGAUCGAUGAUGUGAAAUUUCGCUAUUCGAAGGCGGCAAAUGAUUUUCACGAUCAUCAUCACGAUGAUCACGCUAAUGGAGGAUCUCACGGCCCCGGGGAAGCGUCGCAUCGGCAUUCAAAUUUUCCUAGAGAUGGUUAUGAAAAACUGAGUUCGGAUGGUUACAGCAGAAAUGCAUUGUUACUGCAGGCGAUCUCAGCGACUGUGUUGAUCAGUGCGGUGCCGUUUUUGAUAUUGUUCUUCAUUCCACUUGAAAAAGCCGAUGCUGGCCAGCCUCUCCUGAAAGUUCUUCUAAGCUUCGCUGCUGGAGGUUUGCUUGGUGAUGCAUUUCUCCACUUGAUCCCACACGCAAUUCUUCAGCAAGACGGAGGUCACGAUCACGAUCAUUCGUCCAGCGCACAUGCCCAUGAUCAUGAUCACGGGGAUCAUGGACAUUCUCACGACCUUAGUGUUGGAUUGUGGGUUCUUGCUGGCAUUGUCACCUUCUUGUUGGUGGAAAAAUUCGUUCGGAUCGUUAAAGGAGGGCAUCACCAUCAUCAUCACGCUCAUGAUGAUGUCGCAUUGAAAGCAGAAGAAAGUCCUUCACCGCUUCCUGUUUCCGAAAGUGAUGAUGCUGUGGAGAAAAAGCGUGAGGUGCGAGAAACCCGUGAUGGAGCUGGGAAGUCUGUGAACUCUGAAACUGUUUUGGUUAAUCGCAAAAUCACGUCAAGCGCAGUAAAAAGCGCUGCGACUAGUCGCGGUUCUUCGGUCGCUCGAGACGCGAAAUCCGCAUCGGACACCGAUGUCACUGACGAAGGAAAUGCUGAAAUUCUCUCAUCAAAAUCUGGUUCGUCUCGUAAUUCGCCUCCGCCCGUGCACGUCAUCAUAAUUCAUUUUUCUUUAGAUACUCUGCUGCCGCAUGACGUCAAAGUCGCUGCAUAUUUAAACCUAGCCGCAGACUUCACGCACAAUUUCACCGAUGGAUUGGCCAUUGGAGCUUCUUUUCUUCGUGGUUCCACCAUUGGAACAUUAACGACUCUAUCCAUUCUUCUGCACGAAAUUCCUCAUGAAAUCGGUGACUUCGCUAUUCUUAUUCAAUCCGGAUGUGGGAAGAAGAAAGCGAUAAUGCUACAGCUUGUUACAGCCGUUGGUGCGCUCAGUGGUACCAUUACAUCAUUCCUAGCCGAAGAAAUGGGCGAGAAAGCUCCGGCAUGGAUUCUUCCUUUCACCGCUGGCGGAUUCAUUUACAUUGCAACGGUUUCUGUUCUUCCGGAGCUUCUGGAAGGAGUUACGAAUGUCAAGCAGUCGAUCAUGGAAAUUCUCGCCCUGCUUCUUGGUGUAUACAUGAUGGUGCUUAUAGCUCAAUACGAGUAGCAGUUGCGUUGAAUGCACUUCAGCAUUUACCAAUUGAUUCUCAGAAAUGCUUCCCUUUUCUUGCUGUCGUGAAUCUGGGUACGUUAUUCUCACAAUUUCUUCAGUUAUCGCUGCGUUGCGAUGUACAGGAUCACUUCAACAAAUUUUCUACAUUGACGUGAUGAAAUUUUGUUUUCCUCGUUGCAUCGGUUGUUUGCUAGAGAUCAUAAUACGUCAGCUUCAGUAAUUUUAGUUUGUUUACCUUACUGUGAUGCGUGUCCGAAAGACAGUUAAUCUUGGAGGCGUUCUCUCCACUACCGAUUCUCUCCUCCGAAGAUGUCAAAAGGAAGCAUACGUUCUUCUUUGUUUUGUUUGAUGGAAAAAUUAUUUUUGUUUUCGGGAUUAUUGAAUUAUAUAUUCGGACAGAAGGAAA